AUAUCUAAUUUACCAGUUUGUGCUGUUUACAUGAUAUAAGCUUACAUAUGUGUAUAUUAUGAAUAUGACGAAAAACUCACGCAAUUGCAGAAACAACAAUAGCAGCAGGAUUUAUUAUAUUGAUUGUUUUCUUUUUUCUUAAACCACAUAAAUAUUUACUGUAAAUUAAAUACUGAUUGACCUAUAAUCUGAUUAUAAUAUAACAAGAACGGCAUCUAUAUAUAGAAUGCGUAACUUAACAGACGUAUCACAAUUUCCUUUAAAGGUAAUUUUUGCUGUUCAUUUAUGGCUAGUCACUUGGGCAAUUCAAGGAUGGUAUUCACAAUCAAUGUUAUUUUAUAAUACAUUGUAUUUUAUAUGUAUUCUAUGGGCGGUUCAUAAUACAGAAUCUGAUGAGCCAAUACAAUUCGCAUUAUUUAUAAGUAUAACAUCGGAAUUCUUUGACUUUAUACAUUUGUCAGUUAAUUCUCCUUUUAGUGGAAGUGCAUUCCAAAAAUUCAGUGCAAGCAUGAUAAUAAUAAAUAUGAUUAUACGUGUAAUAACAAGUUUCUAUUUACUUCGAUUGGGACAAGCUCGAGGUGGAAACCUUUCAAUAAUGAUUACAAGUCCUGCUAUGGGUCUUGGACAUCAAGAAUAUGAAAAUAUAUCCCAUGCAGUUCCUCAAAAUUCUGAUUUCACUAACAUUUAAAAUUUCAAUCUUUUAAAUUAUUAAAAAUUUAUUAAUAUUGCUUAA